GGACUUCUAGGUCCGAGAGAGAGGGCGCCUUGGGCCUGGAUGAUGGGGUCUGAGAAGGGCGGACAUCCAGAAGCUGACCCCUAGGUCUGCGGCUGGGCUGGGGCUGCACUCCCGGGUCUGGGGAGGAGGAGCCGCGGCCAGACCUCCAGGUCCUUGCCCUUCCCGGCAACGCCCCCCUUCCCAGGGCUGGGCCUCCAGGAUCCAGCCCCUAUUUAAGGUUCAGCACCACGGCCUUACCGGACUUUGGAGGUGGAAAGAGGUCCCGAGUGAGUGACACACACACACUUGCGGGAAUGGCUCCAGGAACGCGCUAUGCCGGGAAGGUAGUGGUCGUGACCGGGGGCGGGCGCGGCAUCGGAGCCGGGGUCGUGCGUGCCUUCGUGGAGAGCGGGGCCCAGGUGGUAAUCUGCGACAAGGACGAGUCCGGGGGCCGCGCCCUGGAGCACGAGCUGCCUGGAGCCGUCUUCGUCCUCUGUGAUGUGACCCGGGAGGAUGACCUGAGGAACCUCAUUUUGGAGACCAUCCGCCGCUUCGGCCGCCUGGAUUGUGUGGUCAACAACGCUGGCCACCACCCACCUCCGCAGUGGCCCGAGGAGACUUCUGCCCAGGGCUUCCGACAGCUGCUGGAGCUGAACCUGCUGGGCAUGUACACCUUGACCAAGCUUGCCCUCCCCCACCUGCGGAAGAGCCGGGGCAAUGUCAUCAACAUCUCCAGCCUGGUCGGGGCCAUCGGCCAGGCCCAGGCAGUUCCCUACGUGGCCACCAAGGGGGCGGUAACAGCCAUGACCAAAGCCCUGGCCCUGGAUGAGAGUCAGUAUGGUGUUCGAGUCAACUGUAUCUCCCCAGGAAACAUCUGGACCCCGUUGUGGGAGGAGCUGGCAACCCUAACCCCAGACCC